CAUUGUUUUACGGGUGUAAAUUGCAGUUUAGUCCGGAGAGGCAAUUUUCUGUGUUUAGCAAGAGCAAACUGAGCGCGGGCACUUUCUUUCACGAUACAUUAUAUUAUCAAUUGCCUAGAAUAACAUUCAAACCAGCGUUCAUGUUACAAAGGUUUCCGUUACUAACGCAGAUACAAGCCAAGCGUUCGUGAAUUUUCAGCUUGCUGAACACAUAAGGACGAUUCGGUCGCUGUUUCAAAGCUCAUUUCUGAGAGAAGCCUUGUGCAUACCGACUGGUGAAGCCUGCUAGAGCCGAGAACGGAUCGUCUGGAGCCGGACUCCUCGUUCCUCAGGACGAUGGUGUUGGACAAGGAAGAGAGUGUGCCGAUGCUCUCCGUCCAGCCCAAAGGGAAACAGAAGGGGUGCGCUGGCUGCAAUCGCAAGAUUAAAGACCGCUACCUGCUCAAGGCCCUGGACAAAUACUGGCACGAGGACUGUCUGAAAUGUGCCUGCUGCGACUGUCGCCUGGGGGAGGUGGGCUCCACCCUCUACACGAAAGCCAACCUCAUCCUCUGUCGCAGGGACUACCUGAGGCUCUUUGGUACAACAGGGAACUGCGCUGCCUGCAGUAAACUGAUCCCAGCCUUUGAAAUGGUGAUGAGAGCCAGAGAUAAUGUUUACCAUUUGGACUGUUUUGCCUGUCAGCUUUGUAACCAGAGGUUUUGUGUGGGGGACAAGUUUUUCCUUAAGAACAACAUGAUUCUGUGUCAGAUGGACUAUGAGGAGGGCCAGCUGAACGGCAGCUUUGAGACACAGGUUCAAUAGCCGGGCCCAGUGGCAGCGACCAGGACCCUCGGCCCGCCGUACUUACACAUGAUGCCAUGGAUGUUCUGCUGCACUUGGGAAGAGGAGCGUCUGUCUGCUUGCCUGCAAUACUUUUUAAAUAGCCCUUUAUCAGUCCAUAAGGACUCUAUUGUAAAUGUACUACUUUUUGCCCCUCCCCUUCCCACCCCAACACUGAGCAGUUACAAGUUUUGAUGUACAGUUGUGCCUGCUUAGCUGAGCACUGUAUUGCUUGUAUGUUUUUGUGACGUUUGUUUUGGGUUUGUUUAUUCUUUUCCCCUUUCGGGAACGUUUCCUUGGAGGGUAUGUACAGUCUGUUUUCUCUGUAUAUAUAAACUGGAACAUUUAUUUUAUGAAAUGUAAUGCAAUUUUAUUACUAGUGUGAAUUAAAGAUUCUUAAAUGUU